AUGGAAAAAGUAAGUGAAAGGAAAAGAACAUAUGUUAGAGGCAAACCGCUCGGAAAUGACCUAAGAUCUUUGAUUAUUGAUGAAAUUAUACAUUCUGGAGGGAAUAUAAUAACUCGAGAAUACCCUGGGAAUUUUUUUGCAAUAGCUAAACGGUUCUCUGUUCACGACUCGACUGUAAAUAAUAUUUGGAGCAAUUACUGCGAGAACAAAACACUUGAUCCAAAAAAGAAAAAGGGCGGAAAUCCAAGCAAAUUACGUGAUGGUGAUUUGGAACUUAUCGAAACGUUAACAAGGAUUCGUCCAACUAUCAGUCUAAACGAACUAAAAGACGACGUAGAAUAGUAUGAUCCAAAGCCUGAUGGAGUAUCCAUUUCAGCUAUUUCCAGCGCGUUAAAACAAAUAAUGCCUUCUGGUUUGCAGUAUUUACGAAAGAAAGUAAACAAAGUUGCUAUCGAACGAUUUACCCCAGUUAAUAUGGUCUAUACGCAGAUGUUUAUAAACGACCUGCAUUCUAAGGACCCAUGCAUGCAAGUUGAAAUUUUUUGAUGAAGCAGGAUUGAAAUUGCCACAUCACGGGACAAGAUAUUACGGACAUGCUCCGGAAGACGAGAGAUGUAUUGAACUGGCACGUUAUCAUCAAACUCCUAAUAUAACACUGAACCUUCUCGCAGGUUUAGAGGGAGUUGUGUGCGCUAACACUGUUAAAGGUGCUGCUAGCAGUGUGCAUCUGUUGCAGUUUUUCGGAGAGGCUGCACAAGCUGGAAAUGUAGUUGCUCAAAGACCAGCGCUUGAAUAUGGGCCGGAUAUUGUUGUGAUGGACAAUUGUCCAACCUAUCACUAUACGAUGGCGAAGAGGUAUUAA